GUGCCAAACUAUAAAAGAAGAGUCAAGAACUACCACUUCCUCCAAAAUCCCUCACCGAGUCGGACUCCGCCCCAAAUCUCCCGCAUCAUGAAACCCUAAAUCGAUCAAAAUCUCAAAUACCCAGUAAUUGAUUGAUCCCCGGCACAUAUCUCCUUCAGAUUCAUCUCCCUCGUAAGUCAAAAUUUCUCCUUUUUUUUUUUUCAAUUUUUGUAAUCCAAUUGAAUUCAAUUUCUAUGGGGUACUAGUUUUCCGGGAAAAUAUUUGCUGGGAAUUCUUUGUUUUUGUCUUCUGGAAAAUUUCGAGAUGGAUGGAAACAAAGACGAUGCUUUGAAAUGCUUCAGAAUUGGGAAAGAUGCUUUGGAAGCUGGGGAUCGAAGCCGUGCCGUAAAAUUCCUGACUAAAGCUCGCCGUCUCGAUCCGGCGUUGCCCGUCGACGAUCUCUUGUCGUCGAUUGACGGAAAUUGCAAUCCUCAAUCGGGUUCGGAUGCUGGUGGGUCUGCCAAUGGGCCAUCUGGGUUGGGUUCAGCUAAGCCGUUCGAUCAACCAUCGGUUCGCCAGAGGGCUACGGCGACUGGGUCUUCGUCAUCUAAACCAUCGGGAGCUGCGUCCUACACGGAGGAGCAGAUUGCGAUGGUGAGACAACUGAAGAAGAAGAAGGAUUACUACGAGAUUUUGGGGGUGGAAAGGAGUUGCACUGUUGAAGAUGUUCGAAAGGCUUAUCGAAAACUGUCUUUGAAGGUUCAUCCCGAUAAGAACAAGGCACCGGGAGCUGAGGAAGCGUUUAAGUCCGUUUCGAAGGCGUUCCAGUGUCUUAGCAAUCAAGAGAGCAGGAAAAAGUAUGAUGUUAUGGGCUCUGAUGAGCCCGUGUACGAGAGACGUGCUACCAAACAUGGAGCACAUGGAUUUAAUGGCUUUAAUGGCUUCUAUGAUGCGGAUGUCGAUGCCGAGGAGAUCUUUAGGAACUUUUUCUUUGGAGGAGGAGGAAUGGCUCCGGCAACCCAGUUCCGGGGAUUCAGUUUUGGGCACAACGGAAUGGGGCAGAGGGGUGGUGAUCAUGGCUCUGGUGGGUCCAAUAUUCGGACUCUAAUUCAGUUGCUGCCAGUGUUACUUAUUCUGCUUGUCAGCUUCAUGCCGUCUUCUGAGCCUAUCUAUGCUCUUUCGAGGUCCUAUCCCUACGAAUACCGCUUUACUACGGAGAAGGGUGUGAAUUUUUAUGUUAAGUCAACCAAGUUUGAGCAAGAGUUCCCGCCACAUACCUCGGAGCGUGUCAAUCUAGAACACCGGGUUGAGAGAGAAUACUUCAACACUCUUUCCCAGAAUUGUCGGCUUGAGAUGCAGCGCCGCCAGUGGGGAUUUAUUCGCGAAACACCACAUUGUGACAUGCUGCAGCAGUUUGAGACUGCAGCUUAAACUCUAGAACCAAAGACUGCUUGUUUGGUGCCAGUCUUUCAGUAUUCUUGUUGCGGACCAUACGCACGGAGCAAAAUGCGAAGGAUAACAGCUGCAAAUUUUGGAGUCCUACAUGAUGAAAAUCGGCAGCGGCUGCGGCCUGCGGCCUGCGCACGUUUUAUUUUCUCUAGUCCUAUGUAUGAUGCACAAUGAGUUUGUGUAAAAUUGUUUGCGAUUUACCUAGUGCUGAGUUUGUAUGCGUAACCACGAUUGCGAUGAGCUCAUAUGAGAGCUUUGCUUUUGUGAAUGUUACAUAUCAUGUUCAGUACACUAGUUUAAGAAAUAAAAUGAGUAACGGGGACUUCUAGUUUCCCAGUUGUAGA